AUGAUGAUCACAGUCAACAUCACUCCUGCUAACAUUCCAGAUGCUAUACAUAACUUGGAGGAUACUUGGUCAAAUGUUUCAUUUGCUCUGCGCAUCCAAGCUUUUGGCUGGAAAAACUUGGAGACCUAUUCUCCUGUGCUUGACUUCAUUACACGGAAGCUAGCUGUGAAGGAAAUUGAGGUGAUUGCUUAUGAGGAUAUUAACUUUUCUCUAGCUUGUUUAAUUGCAUCCAAAACGGCCGAGGCUGCAGGGAGCAAUCCCUCAGUAGUGAAGCUGAGCCUUAGCGUUCGAAUUUGGUCCCAGGAGCACCUUCCCAAAGUUGCGGCACUACUGGUUACCUUGCCCUCCAUUACAAGUCUUGAUCUCUGCACCCCCGAAGAGGUAGACCAUGAUGCCCUCCCAUGUAGCGAUAUGGAGGAGAGAAAAAUUGCCUGCGCCAUUUCCUCCAUGUCACAGUUAGAGACAUUGAAACUACAUGUGCUGCCUCCCUUCGAGUCACUUAUUCUGAAUCAAAUCUCUGGCCAGCGAAAUUGCUUCAUUCGCCUCAAGGAACUGUUUUGUUGGCAACAUGAAGUUGAUGGACGGGUACCAGCAGCAGCAGAAGCUGUUGCCUCCUUUCUAGGAUCUCCAAACGCAUCCAUGCUGGAGAGUUUGCACCUUGAUCUUGAACAUUUCAAUGAGGAAGACUCCACGGCAAUAUUUGGGGCUCUCAUGGGAAUUUCAUCUAUUUCGUGGCUGGAAAUGUCCUUUUUUGGCAAUGCUGCACCGCAUUCACAGAAUCUGGCGACCUAUCUCCAAAGUAAUUCAUCAAAGCUCCUCCAAAGUCUGACAAUGGACAUUGCGGAUGACACAGUUUUGAUGGCGUUGCAAAACAAGUUGUCGCUGACCCAUCUCAAACUCGUCCAUCUUCGUGGAAAUGCUGCGCUCUCUUUGAAGACCCUUCUUAGGAAAAACCAGUCAAUUGCGUCACUACAGGUUGAGAUGGCGUACCCUCAAAAUGCAGAGCUUGACUUGUUGGUGAACGCACUCGCAGAUGGUCUUGUCACCAACACCUCCAUAAAGAGCCUGUUUAUUCAAGUUUGGGUCCAACACGUCGAGAGAGCCAUCGAUUUCUCUCUCUUUUCAAGGGUUGUAGCCGACUCUUCUUGCCCUUGUGCGCUGGAAACAUUCCGCAUCAAGCUGGAUGGACGGUUCACUGAUCAGACUACAUCCUCCCUUGCUGAUCUGGUCGGGAAUCCAGAUUGCUGCUUGGAAAAUGUCGCAGUGGACGGCUUAUGGUCUGACGAUGAGCGGACACAGGCAUUGCUCGUUAAGGGGAUUCAAAGCAACCUGAAGCUGCAAGACUUUCGUUUUGUUCGUGGCAAUUCGAGUACUGCAAUCCAACAGGGUAUUCGGGCAGUAUUGCUCCGAAAUUCGGCUGCAAAGGCAGGCAAGAGUGGAUCUCUUCCAGGAACGGGGCUUCUCCAUCUGUUGAACUAUGUUGGGAAGACAAGAAAACGCUGCCAGAUUUCAUCCAGUCAGGAGUCCUCGUGUUCUGCGCAGGUGCUUUACACCUGGCUUCAGAACCACCCUCAAGCAGUCAAAAAGUCAAAGGAAGGGGCAGAUUGUGGCACCCAGUCUUUGAGUGCCAAACAUGGUAUGUUCAAGGCCGGGUCUGGACCUAAGGAGCAUUCAACUGAACAUGGAGAGCCAGAGAGCAAGAGGGCGAGACUGGGGUAG